GCUCGGAACUUGGUAGGAAGAGAUGGCUGCAAGGCGGGCUGUUCGUUGUCUCUUAGGAUUGGGCUCUUGGCUGCUGGGCGGGACUCCGGCUAAGGCAUAAAAGAGGAGCGCCACUGUCCCUCGCUGCAGUGCUGAAGGUGGAGCCCCAGCUGUGAAAGGGUCAUCAGUAGUGUUCUUGCUCAGACCCAGCGAGAUUGAAGAAGAAAAGGUACGCUUCUGUCAGCUCCACUCAAACGCAGGCUAGCAGGAUGCGCCUCCUCGGUCGACUCCGUUCCUCUGCUCCUGAGCCCGCCUUCUCCAACGUGCUCACUCCGGGCCGCAUCCCAGAGUUCUGCAUCCCCCCGCGACUGCCGGUCCCCGGCGUUCCCGAGACUCCUCUCCCGGCUGCCACACUGCCUUGGCGCUGCGCGGCGGAACCGGACCUGUGGCCGCGCACGCCCACCGACCACGACGAUAAUGACUUUGACCACGCAGGUCGCACCGACUGGGACCCUCGCUCACAGGCCGCGCUCUCGCUGCCGCACCUGCCCCGCGCGCGCACCGCCUACGGCUUCUGCGCGUUGCUCGAGAGCCCGCACACGCGCCGAAAGGAGUCGCUCUUCCUCGGCCACCAAGGCGUUCCCCGGCCCGUACUUCGCCGCCGCGCGCACACCUACGCGGGCCCGCGCCGAGCCUCGGACUCUGCGAGCGCCGCCCCGAUCGAUCUGGACUCUGCUCCACAACCCGCCCCUGUGCCCCGCAUGCGCCGCCUCCUGCGCUCUCCUGAUGGGCUGCUGAGCCGCGCUCUGCGGGCCCCUCGCGGUCGGACAAGCGCGUGCCCUGCGCCCAGUGGCGACAAGCACGAGCGCGCUGCCUCCUGUGUGUCCCCGAUCCCUGCGAGUCCUCGUCCCGAGCGUCUGCAAGCCGAGGCCAGCGUGCCCCUGGGCCACGGGGACUGCACGCUGCGCCUGGCCGCCGAGUACUGUCCGCGCAGCGCGUGUCUCCGACUCCGCCUGCUGCGUGCCGAGGGUCCGGUCGUCGCGUUCGAACCCCGCGCCCUGGGCUGUCGCCUCAGUCUGGUGCUGAGGCAGUCGGGCCAGCAGCGUGCCAGCGUUUUCCGUCGCAGCCGCAAAGCCACCCUGGACCAGGACUGCUGCUUCGACCGGCUCUCGGAAGAGCAGCUGCGCCGCUUGUCAGUUCGCAUCAAGGCCGAGAGCAAGGGCCGCGGAUUGGAGCGUGGACGGCCACUGGGCCAGGGCGAGCUGCUGCUGGGCUCACUGCUGCUGCUCUGAGCCCAAAUUCCAUGGGGCCAUGGACAGUGAAGGUUGCUUGGCCUUGAGAUGCACACAGUCUUGGCCCUCGGACAUUCAGAGCCUCUUGGACGCUGACAAUGGCUCGGCCCUGGGACACACAUAACCUCUUGGCUCUGGUACACUUUCCCUUUUGUACAAAUAAAGUAUUUAUUUUUCUAUUUA